GACGGUAUAAGUUUUGCAGUAUACUGUUGGUAUUUUGUUGUCAGUGUUGCGGCUUUAAUCUCUUCAUUUCUCCUCACAUCUCUUUAACAUUGGCCUAUCAUUGUGAAUUGUCAGUUGGCAAGAACCAGCACCGAGAAUGACUUUGUAUGCAUUUCUCCUGCUGAGUGUGGUUAGCCAGCACACUUUGACUAUGCCAACUUCAACAAUAGGAGGUAUAGCAGGUGCUGGUGAAAAAGAAGAAGGAUACCCAGACAUCACAGAGAUAAACAAAGAUCUGGAUCUCCAUGAGGGAGACAUCAUGUUGCCAUCUGGAAGAGCGAGAAACACCAUCCUAGGUGACCAGUACAGAUGGGAAAUCCCUGUCCCAUAUGUUUUGGAUGAGAGUCUUGAUAUGAAUGCCAAAGGGAUCAUUCUUAGGUCAAUGGAGCAGAUUCGCCUGAAAACCUGUGUGGACUUCAAACCUCGGGAAGCAGAGCCAAACUACCUCUUAAUCAUAGGGGAUGAAGGAUGUUAUUCAUAUGUUGGGAAUCAACGCUGGGGCAACCAAAGCCUCUCCAUUGGACUUGGCUGUGGUCAUAUCGCCAUCAUAGAGCAUGAGUUUCUACACGCUCUGGGCUUCUGGCAUGAGCAGUCCAGAUAUGACAGGGAUGACCAUGUAACCAUUGUCUGGGAAAACAUUGAAGAAGGAAAGGAGCACAAUUUUGAAAAACGCAGCGCAAGUCAAACCAGCACCCUAGGUACCCCGUAUGACUACACCUCGGUGAUGCACUACGGAAAGGACGACUUCACCAAUGGCAACGGAUCCACCAUCAUCACUAAGCAACCAGAAUACCAGGAUGUAAUAGGCCAACGGCUGGACAUGAGCUCCAAUGACGCCUUAAAACUAAACACGCUGUAUAACUGCACAUCUGCGGUCACAUUCCUAGAGACAUGCAGCUUUGAGGACAACCAGGAGUGUGGUAUGACCCUCUGUGCCAGUGGCAGUGCCAGCUGGGAGAGAGUGGGCAGUGUCCAAGAGGGGCCAACCUUAGACCACACCAAGCUGGGUCCUUUAAGGGAUACUGAUCCAGUGUCUGUGGAUAACAGUACCACGUUUCAAAAUGAGACUGCCCCUACUUCUGCUACUAACAUGUCAACCACUGAGAGGGAUGGUGGCUUCUUCAUGCACUACAGUACAGCUACUGGUAAAGAGGGAGACGGGGCCACAAUGGAGAGCGUGAGGAAGACACCACGGAGGCAGUUUCAAUGCCUGCAGUUCUUUUACUACUACAGUGGGGGCGACCAGGACCUACUCAACAUCUGGAUCAAAGAGUAUGAUGAUGACGACAACCUCAAAGGAACUCCCCGACUCAUGGGCCAGAUAACAGGCCUACCAGCAUCUUACUGGCAGCUCCACCACGUGCCUCUGAAUGCCACCAAAACCUUCCAGGUGGAGUUUGAGGUGCGUAAAGGAGCAGGACAGUCUACAGGUGGGUUUUCCAUCGAUGACAUCAAUCUGUCAGAGACAGAAUGCCCCCAUCACACCUGGCAGAUUAGAGACUUUGAGAAUGUUGCAAAAAACACCUGGCUAUUCAGUCCAAGACACUACUCAAGAGACGGUUAUGCCUAUCAGCUGUUGGUUGUUCUGCGAUCAAGUUAUAUUGGAGUCUAUGCGCGCCUCUUGUCUGGUAAAUAUGAUGACCAGCUCCAGUGGCCCUGCCCAUGGAGACAGAUAACGUUUCUGCUGAUGGAUCAGAACCCAAACAUCCAGCUACGUUUGUCCAAGCAGAAUAGCAUCUCAACUGAUCCUGAACAGAUUGACUAUAAAAAUGGUGAAAAGUAUUUCUUUUGGGACAACCCUCGCAAAAAUGGAACCUUUUACAAACAAGAGGGCAAUGAAUCAAUCUACGCGACCAACGGAUGGGGCUACGGCUAUUUUAUGUCCUUUAAGGACAUCAAGGACAAAGGCUUCCUUAAGGGUGGAGCCAUCUUCCUCCUCACCUCCAUGCAAGAUAUCUCCAGUCUGCAGUAUGCUGGUAACAGCAAACUCCCCUGUCCCACUCCACCACCACAGGACUUCACCCUGUUGCCCAGCAAGCAGGAGGAGGGUCCAUAUUCAGCCAGCCUUUUUAACUUCUCCUCUGGACUGGUGUCUUCCUCGGCGAUCAUCGCUAUGGCUCUUAUGUUGUGGUUGAUUCACUGAACGACAUUAGAACCUAAACAUAUAGCUAACAACAGUCUAUGAAGCCUGAUGACCUACAAUGAUUUACCAGAGAGAGAGAGGUCUCUAUGAAGCUUUAUGACCUACGAUGAUUUACCAGAGAGAUGAUAUUAAUGUAUGGUAAAUGUCUGUGCCUUGUAUAUUACC